AUGUCUUUGGAAGAAGUCUGGCGCUCUGCAGCUGGGAGCCCUUACUAUUCAACCGUACCGACUAAUUCCCAGCUCCUUCCAGCUAUUCUACUUCUCCUGACGGAUCGCUCCGCUCUAAACAUCGCUGUUCUAGGAGUUCCAGCCUCGUUGGCAUUUGGAUUUGGGUCCGUGUUCAUGAUCUGUGCCGUGGGGGUCUUUUUCAAAAUAGCGUUUCCUGCCAAUAUCGAUAUCUGGAAUCCACAAGGCACGCUUAUCCACCUUAAUACACCACCAACAACCACAAUGGAUACCGGCAGUGCUCCUAUUCUUUCGGCUGUCUCCACAUCCGCUGAGCAGCUCUAUACCCUACUUAAAUGUAUUGGCUUUUCUCGCCAGGCAUCUGUUCAAAUAACCCCACAGGGAAUCCGGUUCUCGGUCGAGGAAGGGAGAGUAGUGCAAGGACUCGCUUUUCUGGACAAAGCACUCUUCACGAGCUACAUAUUCAAUGUACGAAAUGUUUACAAUGGCGUUACCCAGCCUGAAGAAGAUGGAGAUUUUUUCGAUACAUCGCUAUACCCCAGGUUUACCAUCUCGCUCUCUGCUCUCCUUGAGACUCUUCAAAUAUUCGGAAUCGGCGACUCAUCGCAAGGACCAAAUCAAAUGACCAAUAUCGGCAACACUCAAAGCAUGAAUGCAUUUUCUACCCCUGCCCUAGGAAUGAACCGCUCUUGUACCAUCGGCUAUCACCGACAAGGGUCUCCCCUCUGCAUCACCUUAACUGAAGCUGGCGUUACCACAACAUGCGAGUUGACGACAUAUGAGGUUGAUGAUUCUUCCCAUGACUCCGAACCUGGAGAAUUUGAUAUCCCGCUCCAACGUGAUGCCAUAAUCUUCAAAAUAAUUAUGCGCUCUACAUGGCUCCACAACGCAAUUAUGGAGUUGGAUUCUACCUCACCCGCUGUUCUAUCACUCUCUGCGUCUCCCAACAAGGCACCAUUCUUUGCACUAUCCGCCUCUGGGGGCCCAUUCAGUGAAUCCACUGUUGAAUUUGCAAUUGAUAAGGAAUCUACUGGCGUCGACCCCAUAUACAAAUCAUUUAAUGAGGAUGGGAGCUCCAGGCAGCCUAGGAGAGGCAAGCUUGCACCGACAGUUACGGAAACCUUUCUGGUUGAACCUCCCUCAUCAAAAUCCCGAAUAACCCAACGUUAUCGGUUUUCACUACUGAAAAAGGCGCUAGGGGCGAUGGGAGCAUCCAGCAAAGUAAGCAUACGUGGAGAUAAACAGGGUGUCUUAAGCCUUCAGUUUAUGAUUGAGCUCGGCGAUAAUGCUAGCACUGAUGCGCCUGGUCUUUCCACUCAGAGUGCUUCUCGAACAGCCAUGGGUAACGUUAGUUUUAUUGAUUUUCGUUUCGUACCACUAGUUGAUGAAAAGGAUGAAGUUGAAGGUUUAGAUGAUGAGUAG